GAGAACGCCGGCGGCGGCGAGCCGGCGUUGCCCGCCGCCCCCAGACAGUGGCAAACUUCGCGGUGUCCCCGGAGCUCGCCUGGAGACUGAUACCUCACAAAUAAAAUCCAGUCCAAUCCCCCCCAUCCCAGCCCGAAUCAUGGAGGCUGUGGCCGCCCGAGUGCCGCCGCCGCCGCCGGCCCCUGCCCACUAGCCGGGGACCAACAGCGCCACAGUGAGCGAGCGAGGAGGGGGAGAGAGGGAGUCUGUCUGCAAAGUGCUGCUCCCUGGUGCUCAGAGGCGGCUGCUCCAGCUCCAACUCUCAUUCAUUUCGCCGGUUAACAUGAGAGAUCAUGGCCGCCUUCGGGCUUCUCAGCUAUGAGCAGAGACCGCUGAAACGCCCCCGGCUCGGGCCGCCCGACGUCUACCCGCAGGACCCCAAGCAGAAGGAGGAUGAACUUACUGCUGUGAAUGUAAAGCAAGGCUUCAACAAUCAGCCAGCCUUUACUGGAGAUGAACAUGGCUCAGCCAGAAAUAUUGUAAUUAACCCAUCAAAGAUUGGAGCUUAUUUCAGCAGCAUAUUAGCUGAGAAACUAAAGCUUAACACUUUCCAGGACACCGGAAAGAAGAAACCACAAGUUAAUGCUAAAGAUAAUUAUUGGCUGGUUACUGCUCGAUCCCAGAGUGCAAUUCAUAGUUGGUUCUCUGACUUAGCAGGAAAUAAACCACUUGCUAUUUUGGCAAAAAAGGAGCUGUCUCUGGCCAAGUCAGGUGUCUCUCAGGUUCCAAUCCUUAGUAAAAAAGAAGAUGUUUUUGCAUAUUUAGCUAAAUAUUCAGUGCCAAUGGUUCGAGCAACGUGGCUGAUCAAGAUGACCUGUGCCUAUUAUUCUGCUAUUUCUGAAGCUAAAAUUAAGAAACGUCAGGCUACUGAUCCUAAUUUGGAGUGGACACAGAUAUCUACCAGAUACCUUCGAGAGCAGCUGGCCAAGAUUUCCGACUUCUACCACGUGGCUUCCAGCGCGGGGGAUGCUCCUGUCCCGGUGCCACCGGAUGUGGAACAGGCCAUGAAACAGUGGGAGUACAACGAGAAGCUGGCCUUUCACAUGUUCCAGGAAGGAAUGCUAGAGAAACAUGAAUAUUUGACAUGGAUCUUGGAUGUUUUAGAAAAGAUCAGACCAAUGGAUGAUGAUCUUCUUAAACUCUUAUUACCACUAAUGCUGCAGUAUUCGGACGAGUUUGUUCGGUCGGCUUACCUGUCUCGUCGUCUUGCCUACUUUUGUGCCCGGCGUCUUGCCUUGCUGCUGAGCGAUAGUCCCAGCCUCCUUGCUGUGCACUCGCCCCACAUGAUGAUAGGACCAAACAGCUCAAGCGUCGGGGCCCCCAGCCCUGGAGGCCCUGGCCCCGUCAUGAGCCCCGUGCAGCUGGCCUUCUCAGACUUCCUGUCCUGUGCACAGCAUGGCCCCCUGGUGUAUGGACUUAGUUGUAUGCUGCAGACUGUCACUCUCUGUUGCCCAAGUGCCUUGGUGUGGAAUUAUUCCACAAAUGACAAUAAGAGCACGAACCCCGGCUCGCCCCUGGAUCUGCUGCAGGUGGCCCCCUCCAGCCUCCCCAUGCCGGGUGGGAACACGGCUUUCAAUCAGCAGGUUCGGGCCAGGAUUUAUGAGGCGGAACAGCAGAUCAAACAAAGAGGCCGUGCAGUGGAGGUUCGGUGGUCCUUUGACAAGUGCCAAGAAUCAACAGCAGGGGUGACCAUCAGUCGGGUGUUGCACACGUUGGAAGUGUUGGAUCGACAUUGUUUUGAUCGGACUGACUCCAGCAAUUCGAUGGAGACGCUUUAUCAUAAGAUUUUCUGGGCAAACCAAAACAAAGAUAACCAAGAGGUUGCCCCCAAUGAUGAAGCCGUGGUGACACUGCUGUGUGAGUGGGCGGUGAGCUGCAAACGGUCGGGCAAGCACAGGGCCAUAGCUGUGGCAAAGCUCCUGGAGAAGAGGCAGGCGGAAAUCGAGGCAGAGAGAUGUGGUGAGUCAGAGGUAUUAGAUGAGAAGGAGUCAAUUUCUUCAGCCUCUCUCGCUGGAUCUAGUUUGCCUGUUUUCCAGAAUGUUCUACUAAGGUUUUUAGAUACACAGGCCCCCUCAUUAUCGGAUCCAAACAGUGAAUGUGAAAAGGUGGAAUUUGUGAAUCUGGUGCUGCUCUUCUGUGAGUUCAUCCGGCAUGAUGUCUUUUCUCAUGAUGCAUACAUGUGCACCCUCAUAUCACGAGGAGACUUGUCAGUCACUGCCUCAACCCGACCACGGUCGCCAGCGGGAGAAAAUGUGGAUGAACACUACCCAAAGGACCAUGACAUGAAAAUGGAGAUUUUUUCUCCCAUGCCUGGAGAAUCCUGUGAGAAUGCCAACCCUUCCUUGGGCAGAAGAAUGUCGGUUAAUGGUGAGAAGUUGCUUAAGAGAGAAAAACCCAGGGAGCUAAUUUUUCCAUCUAAUUAUGACCUUCUGCGACACCUGCAGUAUGCAACCCAUUUUCCCAUACCUCUGGAUGAAUCUUCAAGUCAUGAAUGUAACCAGCGCACAAUCCUUCUUUAUGGAGUGGGCAAAGAGCGUGAUGAAGCGAGGCAUCAGUUGAAGAAGAUUACCAAAGAUAUUUUGAAAAUCCUAAAUAAGAAGAGCACCACAGAGACGGGGGUUGGAGAUGAAGGACCAAAAGCCAGGAAGAGCAAACAGGAAGCAUUUCCGACACUAGAGACUGUGUUCACAAAACUUCAGCUCCUUUCAUAUUUUGAUCAGCAUCAAGUGACGUCUCAGAUCUCUAACAAUGUGCUGGAACAAAUCACAAGCUUUGCUUCAGGAACAUCCUAUCAUCUCCCUUUGGCUCACCAUAUUCAGCUUAUCUUUGAUCUUAUGGAGCCAGCACUAAACAUCAAUGGACUAAUUGACUUCGCAAUACAGCUGCUAAAUGAACUGAGUGUUGUGGAAGCCGAACUGCUCCUGAAAUCCUCCAGCCUGGCAGGAAGUUACACAACGGGACUGUGUGUGUGCAUCGUGGCUGUUCUCAGGCGGUACCAUAGCUGUCUCAUCCUCAAUCCUGAUCAGACAGCCCAGGUGUUUGAAGGGUUAUGUGGUGUGGUAAAGCAUGUUGUGAACCCCUCAGAAUGUUCCUCCCCCGAGAGAUGCAUCUUAGCCUACCUCUACGAUCUCUAUGUGUCAUGUAGCCACCUCAGAAGUAAAUUUGGAGACCUCUUCAGUAGUGCCUGUUCAAAAGUUAAGCAAACCAUAUAUAAUAAUGUGAUGCCUGCAAAUUCUAACUUGCGAUGGGAUCCAGACUUCAUGAUGGAUUUUAUUGAGAAUCCUUCAGCUCGUAGCAUCAAUUACUCAAUGCUGGGCAAGAUCCUUAGUGACAAUGCAGCCAAUCGCUACAGCUUCGUCUGUAAUACGCUCAUGAAUGUAUGUAUGGGCCACCAGGAUGCUGGAAGGAUUAACGACAUUGCCAAUUUCUCUUCGGAGCUGACAGCUUGCUGCACUGUUCUUAGUUCAGAAUGGCUGGGAGUUCUGAAGGCUCUUUGUUGUUCUUCAAAUCAUGUGUGGGGGUUUAAUGAUGUACUUUGCACUGUAGAUGUGAGUGACCUUUCAUUCCAUGAUUCAUUAGCUACUUUCAUUGCUAUUCUGAUAGCACGACAGUGUUUCUCUCUGGAGGACGUCGUGCAGCACGUCGCACUUCCCUCGCUCCUGGCAGCAGCUUGUGGGGAUGCAGAUGCUGAGCCGGGGGCGAGGAUGACAUGCCGACUUCUGCUUCAUCUCUUCCGAGCUCCCCAGGCCUGCUUAUUACCUCAAGCAACCGGCAAACCUUUCCCUGGAAUAAGAUCAUCUUGUGAUAGACACCUCUUAGCCGCUGCUCACAACAGCAUUGAAGUGGGAGCCGUGUUUGCUGUCUUAAAAGCAAUUAUGAUGCUUGGAGAUGCCAAAAUUGGCAAUAACAAUGUCAGCUCUUUAAAGAAUGAUGACUUCACCAUGAGGGGUUUACGACGUGAUGGGAAUGCCGAUGAUAUCUGGACUGCCUCACAAAAUUCAAAAUCCUGUGGGAAAAGCAUUUCCAUAGAAACUGCCAAUUUAAAAGAAUAUGCUAGAUAUGUACUGAGGACUAUCUGUCAACAGGAAUGGGUAGGAGAACAUUGCUUAAAAGAACCUGAAAGAUUAUGCACAGACAAAGAGCUUAUAUUGGACCCUGUGCUUUCAAAUAUGCAAGCACAGAAAUUACUACAGCUUAUCUGUUAUCCUCAUGGUAUUAAAGAAUGUACGGAAGGGGACAACUUGCAAAGACAGCACAUUAAGCGUAUUCUUCAGAAUCUUGAGCAGUGGACACUAAGGCAGUCCUGGCUAGAACUUCAGUUAAUGAUCAAACAGUGCUUGAAGGACCCUGGCUCUGGUUCAGUGGCUGAAAUGAACAACUUGCUGGAUAAUAUUGCAAAGGCAACAAUAGAGGUAUUCCAACAGUCUGCUGACUUGAACAAUAAUUCUUCUAAUUCUGGAAUGGGUCUCUUCAAUCCAAAUGGGAUUGGAAAUACUGAUACAAGUAGCACGAGGCAGAAUGGAAUAAAGACAUUUCUAAGCUCCUCUGAACGCAGGGGUGUGUGGCUGGUGGCCCCCCUAAUUGCCAGGCUGCCGACCUCUGUGCAAGGAAGGGUACUAAAAGCUGCUGGAGAGGAGCUGGAGAAGGGACAGCACUUGGGCUCCUCUUCAAAAAAGGAAAGAGACAGACAAAAACAGAAAAGUAUGUCUCUUUUGAGUCAACAACCUUUCCUCUCACUGGUCCUUACCUGCCUUAAGGGACAAGAUGAACAACGGGAAGGCCUCCUAACAUCUCUUCAGAAUCAAGUUAAUCAGAUUUUAAGUAAUUGGAGAGAAGAACGAUACCAAGAUGACAUAAAAGCACGGCAGAUGAUGCACGAAGCAUUGCAACUUCGCCUAAAUUUGGUGGGUGGAAUGUUUGACACUGUGCAGAGGAGCACCCAAUGGACGACAGACUGGGCCCUUCUCCUACUCCAGAUCAUUACUUCUGGAACUGUUGACAUGCACACUAACAAUGAAUUAUUCACAACAGUUCUUGACAUGCUGGGUGUUUUAAUCAAUGGAACCUUAGCCUCAGACCUAUCAAAUGCAUCCCCAGGGGGAUCUGAAGAGAACAAACGUGCAUACAUGAAUUUGGUAAAGAAACUGAAAAAAGAGCUAGGAGACAAGAGAUCAGAAAGUAUUGACAAAGUUCGACAGUUGCUACCUUUGCCAAAACAGACAUGUGAUGUCAUCACUUGCGAACCUAUGGGUUCCUUGAUUGACACUAAGGGAAACAAAAUUGCUGGAUUCGACUCUAUAGAUAAAAAACAGGGUCUUCAGGUCUCUACAAAGCAGAAGGUGUCCCCGUGGGAUUUGUUUGAGGGUCAGAAGAACCCAGCUCCUCUGUCCUGGGCCUGGUUCGGGACUGUCCGAGUGGACCGAAAGGUGAUCAAGUACGAGGAGCAGCAUCACCUGCUGCUGUAUCACACACACCCUAUGCCCAAGCCCCGAAGUUACUACCUCGAGCCACUGCCCCUGCCUCCCGAGGAGGAAGAGGAAGAGCCCACAUCUCCCGUCUCUCAGGAACCAGAGAGGAAAUCAGCUGAACUGUCAGAUCAGGGGAAAACCGCAACAGACGAGGAGAAGAAAACAAAGGGAAGGAAGCGCAAGACGAAAUCAAGCUCAAGAAUUGAUGAGUAUCCACAGAGCAACAUAUACCGAGUGCCUCCUAACUACUCACCCAUUUCCUCCCAGAUGUUGCACCAUCCACAGUCCACCUUGUGGGGCUACAACCUCAUGGGUCAGCCCCAGCAGCCGGGUUUUUUCCUUCAGAACCAAUCUCUUACUCCAGGUGGCUCCAGACUGGACCCCACGGGCUCCUACGUCCCCACCAACACCAAGCAAGCUCUGUCCAAUAUGCUGCAGCGGCGCUCAGGCGCCAUGAUGCAGCCACCUCCGCUGCACGCCAUCACCUCGCAGCAGCAGUUAAUACAGAUGAAGCUUCUGCAGCAGCAGCAGCAGCAGCGGCUUCUCAGGCAAGCCCAGGCUCGACCUUUCCAGCAGGGCCCACCAGGGGACCAGGCUGCUCUCUUUGCUGCACACGCUCGGCCCUCCCCUCAGCUCCCCCAGUAUCCAGGGCUGCAGCAAGCACAGACCAUGCCCCAGGGCUAUACGAUGUACGGAACGCAGAUGCCUCUGCAGCAGACCCCACAGCAGCAGGCGGGCGGCGUGGUCCUGUCUCCCAGCUAUAACUCCAGAACUUAUCCGGCUGCACAUUCCAGCCCAGCGCUAAUGGAAAGACUCAGACAGAUGCAGCAGCCGCCUAGUGGCUAUGUUCAGCAGCAGGCAUCACCAUAUCUGCAGUCCUUGACUGGCUCUCAGAGACUGAAUCAUCAGUCCCUUCAGCAGAGCCCUUUGGUAGGUGGAGGAAUCGAUGCGGUGCUGACUUCCACACAUCCAAGCCUUCCCUCGGUACCCCUGCCUCAGGACCCGAUGAGACCCAGGCAGCCACAGGUUCGACAGCAGCAGAGGCUCCUCCAGAUGCAGCAACCCCCCCAGCCCCAGAGUCAGACCCUUGGUCUCCAAGCGAUGCAGCCCCAACAGCCUUUGUUCCCCAGGCAAGGCUUGCAGCAGACCCAGCAGCAGCAACAGACGGCGGCCCUGGUGCGGCAGCUCCAGAAGCAGCUUUCUAGUAACCAGCCACAGCAAGGAGUGACUCCCUAUGGGCAUCCAUCACACUUCUGAAUCUGGAAGAGGACAAGACAUAAAGUUUUGUGUUUGCACUGAAAAAUAGAAAAUCAAAUUUAAUGCAUCAGUCUUUAGAAAUGUCCCUUUGUUCUUUCCUUUCUUUGAAGUUUUCUUAUUUUGUGCUACAUUUCAUAUAGAGGUAUUUAAAACAAAAAGAAAAGGAGGAAGUGUGGUUUGGGUUUUUUGGUUAAAUUCAACUUUAAAGUAGGUAUAAAAAUGUGGAUCAUGUGGGUCUACUCCAGGAAGAGCGUGGUAGCAGAUCUUUUGAAAUUGGUGCUUUUUUUUUUGGAUCUCAUAGAAAGAAUGAAUUAUGGUGGAUUUAAAAUAUUUAUGUGUUCAUUAAUGAUGAAGUUUGUUGUUUUCUUCUCCCCGCCGCCCCCCAAACUGUGCUGGACCAAACUACUGAUUUGAAAGGCAUGUCAGGUCUUGACAGGAGAGUAAUCCAUUUAUUCUUCUUUCACCUUUGAUGGUGAAAUGGACAUCUAUUUGCAUUGCUCUGAUUUGAAAUGUUUGUAAUUUCAUAAGCACUUUAUAAACUUUAUUCUUAUUUAUGUAGGAUUUUUCUUUGCUUUUGUUGUGGUCAAAAGGUGCUGAAACAGAUUGUUGCUUAGUACUUAAACUUCUUAGACCAAGAACUUCAACCCAGGCUUCUGAGAGAGCCGCCCUCAGAUACACGGAAGCCUCGUAGAAGUGGUUGUACUCGAAUUUGUUUUCAGUGGCAAGAGCAUUGACCAGAGUCUUUGUGAAGGUACAACAUGUUAAUUCUAAAGGCCCGAACAAACCACAGUGGAAUUGUUCCAAUUAUUUAUUGCCAGAUUUGGCAAAAAUGACUCUUGGUUCUCCUGAACCUUAUGCCAACUUGAGAAAAAACAAUCUUGCAGCUGGCCUGAGAUUCCACAGUGCUCAAACUUGACGUGGUUUCCAGAGAAUCUGGCCCCCGAGUCCAGAAGGCUCUGGUUUUCAUAAAGAUGUAUUUGCUGUUUAUUUUGUAUGGUGAGUUACUCAUUGCAAAGUUUGACUCAUGCAAACGACCUCAAAUACAUGUCCGCUUACUUUUGCUGUGGCAGCAUCCAUGUGAACUGCUUUGUACACUGUGAAAUAGUUCACUCCAGCCUGCUCAUUUCAUGUUUACUCUGGGCUGGAAAAGACUUUGCCAAAACAUUCAAGACCAUUCUUUUCAUGAAAUUAUAACAUACUCUAUCUGCUUUCAGAAGACAGAUCUUUACAUUUCAGCUGGUUUUGUAUAUCAGGUUUCGGGUUUUUUUCCUUCUUGAGAAUCCUACGUAGAAUCCAUGAAGUUAUUUUUCUUCCAAGUAAUCUAUCCAUAUGAUGAUUGCCUUGGCAAAACCGAAAUGUGAAUGUUGUGCCUAGUGAGUGAGUCCUGUUCUGUCCUGAUUUCCUUUGGAAGAAUUAUUGGGAUCUAAAAUGCCAGUUUUUAGUUUGAACCAUAUAUUUUUAUAGCUCAGUAUUGCAAACAGCAGUCAUAUUGUUUCAAGAACAAGUGUGAUAAUUGCAUAGCAUUCAUAUGCACUUUAUAUUUUGCAUAAGGUAGUGAAAUUAAUUUAUUAAUCAUUUUGCACAUGAAAGCUGUGGGGUAUACUUUUUUCUUGUUGUGUCCUUUUCUUUUCCGGUGACAAAGCCAAGUCAUGGUAAGGCCCUAUAGUUCAGAUUCUGUGGAAAGUUGAGGAAGAACCUAGGACUGGCUUACCCCUGUGCAUUAUAAAGAGAACGACUGGAAUUUUUAUAAUCUAGGCUUAGCAUAUUUCCUUCCACUUAAUCCCACAUCCUAAGAGGUUUCUUUCUUAGCAAAUUCAUUAAUUUGCAUUAAAAUGAUCAUGAGCGAAAACCUGUCCUUUGACAGAACCUGGUAAUUUGCUUUGUAAGACAGGAAAUUAUCCUAGGAGAAGAUGGAGACCUCCCUUUCCCUUAAAAAUAAGACUUUAAAAAUUGAAUGUAAUUGGGCAUCAGAAUCCCUUAGACAAACCUGUUUACACUCUAGUCUCAUUCCUGAUAGCUUCCAUUUGUAGUUCUUAUUUACUCCUUUUCGCCCGGCAGUGGAAGGAGAUCACAGUGAGAAUUAGUAUCCUUUGACCUCUUGUGGCCACAGGGUACCAGCAUCUGAGAUAGCAGCAGUCAGGUCACCUCUUAGGUGGAGCCAGCUGAAAGUUGGUGUGAUGAAAACACAAUGAAGUAAGCUCCCCUGUGUCUCAAACCAUCAGCAGGGGCUAACAUAGUUGUUUUGUGUGCUGAGAUAUCCGGGCGAGACCUAUGGCAUUUUUUUUCCCCACUUUAAAUAACUGGCAAAUAUUUGAAUGAAUUCUGGAUAAAUUACACUGGAACAUCCCAGCCUCUAAAAUUAGAAAAGAUGACUCAUAAUGUCCCCCAAAUCAAUUCACGUUGAAUUACAAAAAGCAACAUUUUGUGUAGGUUUGAACAAAUUUUAAGUACAAUGAAACUUCAUUAUAUGUAUUUAUGUAUUAGAUCUAGAUUUUCCUAUUUUCCUCUUCCAUAAAGGAUUAUCCCUUAAUGAAAUAAGUUCAUAAAGCAAUGGUUCCUUCUCAGAUAUUUUCCUUAUAAAGAGUUCCAAACCAAGGAUGCCUGUGUUAGAUUUUGAAGUGAUGAAGUUUCAUUGUAUUUUUAAUGAAGCCUUUUUAAUGAGUUUAUUUCAGUAACGAAGUAAUCAACCCCCUUUUCACUUUUUAUGAUAUGUAGGUGUUAAGUUGCUUUUUACAUGUAUUUUAAAUGCAGUUAUUAAAAAACAUUUUUGUAUUCCCCAUCAAUGAAAAUUUUCAGUGUACACAAAACAUAAUCCUAGUCAAAACCGUUCAGAGCUUAUUUUCUCUAGGUUUUACUAAAAUAUUUCUAAGCCAGCCACAAAAUAUCUGUACAUCAAAAUUGUAAAUUUACAAUCAAGACUACAAAUUUAAUCUUUCCCAUUGUCUCUCUUCUCAGUGCCAUGCUUGUAACAUUGCUAGAAGGUGGACACUAGGCAACUGGUAGUGAAAGAACGAAGUCUAUUCUUUAAUGAAGAAUUCAGAUACAUUAGCCAUUUGUUCUUUUAUGGUGGACAGUUUUACCUUAAUGUUCAUUGUUAUUUGUUGGCAAAAUAAAAGUGCCUUAAGUUAAAAGUUCGUUUGGAGAUCAAUUAACGAAAUCACUAUCAGUCAUAUUGCAUUUAUUUACAAGUCUUUUUCUUUUUUUAUUUUGCAUGUCCAUUAUAAAUUUAAUAUUGUAAAUGUACUCAAAUUCAUUUACAUGCCUAUGGCUGCCUUUGAUUAAACUUCUUCCAAAAAAUAAA